AUGAGGACUCAGGUGGGGUCUGGUGCUCUCACAGGACCCCAGCGGAGCUGGUUCCUCCACCAAAUAAAAGUGGACAUUGAAUUCCUGCGGGGCCACGGAGUGCUGGACUACAGCCUCCUGGUGGGCUUUCAGCCUCUCCAUGAAGAUGAAAAGAACCAGUUCAGCAUUAUCGGCACCAUCAGACCCCUGAAGUCAUCACCCACCACUGGCAUCAUUGUAUCCUGUGUAGAAGUAACUGGCACGCUAUUCAUGUUGACCAUGACCCUCACUGAGACCGUGAACCUUUUCUCACUUGACAGAUGUCCCGCCUUCCUCUUGGCCAGAGGCGUGGACACGCCCCCAUCUCAUAGGGUGGGACUCUGCUCUGGAAAGACCAGGACAGGCCCCACCUGGGCGCAGAAGCAUGAAUAUCACAAUAUGACCCAAAUGAUCCAUGAUGGGCUGUGGGCUGCCUCCCAGGUCUCCAUAGACAACCCGCCCAAGGGACCUGCAACUCUGAAGAGGUCCCAAGUUAUGACGCAGGUUCACAAAGAGGGCUUCCAGCUCGAAAUUCUGGCCGGUCCAGCUUUUGCAUGCCUGAGGAAACAAGUAGGCCUGACUGAAGAGGACUAUCAGGCUACUGUGGGUCCUGGUAACCCCUACCUUCAAUUCCUCAGCACGUCCAAGAACAAAGCCAGCUUCUUCCUGUCACACGACCAGCGCUUCUUCGUAAAGACCCAGGCACGUCACGAAGUGCAGGUGCUGCUCACCCAACUGUGCGGCUACAUGCAGUAUCUGGUGCAGUACCCACACUCGCUGCUGGCUUGGUUGUUGGGCAUUUACAGUCUGCAGGUGGCCAACCUGGCAAAGAAGUACUUCAUGCAGAGCGUCUUCUAUCCCGUCAGCGGCAUCUCUGAGAGGCUCAGCGAGAACAGAUCCUCCCAAGUUCCACUGAACUCUAGUCCUCUGCAAGAGCCUCCCCAGCCUCUCAGUACUGACUUUGAGGUUCAGUUUAUAUUAGGGCAUGAUAUUUCCUAUGACUCUGGCUAUAUUUCAAGGACUCGGCAACCACUUAUGUCCAAUGCCUGCCUGUCAGCUACGCUCCGUCCUCAGCCUCCUAGUGUAGCUCAAUGGCUGUAUCGUGUUCCCACACCUAGGUCCAUAUCUGGGGGUCCGGAGGGCCAGAACUGCCAGCUGCUGCCCGACGUUCCCAACCCCCUUCAUGUCUUGGUCGGUCCAGAACAACGUUCUUUUCUGGGAUUGGUGGAUCUGACCACUGUCUAUGGGUGUCAAAAACGGCGGGAGCAGGUGUGGAAGAUGAUACGCUAUCCAGGCCAGUCCUUCUGCACGGUCAGCCCGGAUCGCUACGCCCGUCGCAUGUAUCAGUGGGUGGAGACCCACACCAAAUGACUCGAACCCGUCUGAGUUCUCAGCUAGACAUUUACAGUGCAACCAGCCUGCAGUUCCUCCUGUUAGCCACAGAUCCCGGCCCCUUCCCUGGAGGUUGUAAACAGGGCGGUUGCCUCAGUGGGCCACUUCAACCACUUGUGGCGUGGAGUUAGAGACAGGAAGAACCGAGUGGGCCUGGUUGAAAUCGAU